AUGCUCGUUUCCCUGAUGGUAGUAGCGCUGGUCCUACUUGCGUGCCAAAGGCUCUACGAUCAUCUGUACGUCCGGUCGAAAGCAAGUGCUGCGACAAAGACUUUGCCGGGACCUAAGGGUCUGCCGAUUGUUGGCAACUUGCGUCAGCUCCCCAAAUCCCUUCCCUGGAUACAGCUGCAGAAGUGGGCAGAAGAAUAUGGCUCAAUUUAUCGCCUGAAGCUGGGAAACCUCGAGAUGUUGAUAGUGUGCUCGGACAAGAUCGCCAACGAUCUGCUUCGCGACCGCGGUCACAUCUACUCCUCUCGACCUGAACUUCCUAUGAGCAGCGAGCUCGUGUCGCAUCAUCUACGUCCUGCCAUGCUUGCCUAUGGUCCUGCAUGGCGGGCUGGUCGCAAGCUUUCGCACGCCACUAUCGGACCCUUGGUGGCUGGCACUUACGAGCACAUACAGGAAGAAGAGGCAUUAAGACUUGUGCUGGAUCUGCUCCAUGCCCCGUCUGAGUACGGAGCACACUUCGAACGCUAUGCGUCAAGCAUCAUCAUGCGAAUUGUGUAUGGUGUUGACGUGUGCGACAACAAUGAUCAGCGACUGGUACGAAUGAAAGCCGUGUUCGAGAACGUCGUGCGUGCUGCAACGCCCAAUGCUUACCUAGUCAACACAUUCCCAAUGCUCAUGCGCCUGCCCAAAUGGCUGGCACCGUUCAAGCGCCUCGGAGCCCGCCUGCAUGCGGAAGAAUACGACUUGUUCUCAAGCCUUGUGCACAACGUCGAGAAGCGCGCACGCGUCGGCGAUCCUACCGUACAGGAGACGGUGGUGAAGAAAUGGCUUGACACUCAAGGCAACUAUGGUCCUGCUCUGACGGACCCGCACGCCUACUAUGUGCUCGGUACCAUGGUAGAAGGUUCGGUUGGUUCUACUUCUGCUGAGAUGGCAUUCUUCCUCCUCGCAAUGGUUCUGCAUCCCGAAAAGCUCGACAAGCUCACGACAGAGCUAGACACCGUCAUCGGUACUCCCGGCAGCAAUAUCGAUAUGGACAAGCCGCGCAUGCCACAUCUGAGUGAUCUACCUCAACUUCCCUACUUACGUGCCUGCAUCAAAGAGACCCUAAGGUGGCGCCCGACAAUUGCAGGCGGCUUGCUACAUAAGAACACCGCCGAAGACGUCUACCAAGGCUAUUUCAUCCCCAAGGGCUCUCUGGUUCGGCCGGUCCAAUGGGACAUACACCAAGACCCGACUCUGUAUCCUUCACCAACAGAGUUCCUACCAGAACGCUGGCUGGACCCAUCCUACCCAACAUACAAGUCACCUCUCACCGAGUUUCCAAACCUGCAGAACUUCAGCGCCUUCGGCUAUGGACGACGGAUUUGUCCUGGUCAGUACGUUGCAAGUCGGAGCUUGAUGAUUCAGGCGAUGAUGAUUGUGUGGGCAUGCGAUAUUCGAGUAGCGAGGGAUACUGAUGGGAAGGAGUUGUGGCCGGAUAGGGAUGCGAUUGCGGUUGGUUUUAAUGCUAAGCCAAAGAAGUUUGAGUUCGAGUUGAGGGCAAGGAAGGGUAGAGACAGGUUGGUGGCGCGGGAGUGGGAGCAAGUUCUGGCAAGGAGGGUUACGAACAGCAAAGCGUUUGAGGGAUGA